GUCACCUAGACGGGAAAAAAAAAGAAAGUUCCUAACCUUGAUAUUCUUAUAGACUUCAGUUCACAUUCUCAACUACACCGUGACUUACAAUUAACAAUAUGCUCCCAUAUAUAAUCUUUGGUGGUGCUGUUACAAUAAUUUGGUUGCUUAAGAAAUCAUGUUCUUCUAAGCGAGUUGUAGCGAUUGAUACAGAAAGUGUUGGCGGGGGCCCCUCCGGCUCUGUGAACAUACUUGCACGAGUAUCCAUCGUCGAUAGACGAAGAGUCAUCUAUGAUGAGUAUGUUAUCCCGUCUAUGCCGGUAACAGAUUAUAGAACGCCAUGGAGUGGAGUACGUGAAAAAGAUCUCGCUGGUGCUAAGAAGACAUUUGAUAUGGUCAGGCAGGAGGUGUCACGCAUCCUUCAAGAUUGCAUUUUGGUUGGUCAUGAUUUGAAAUUUGACUUCGCAGCUUUAGAAUUAAACCACCCGGCUAAUGAUAUCCGGGAUACUUCCUUGUACAAACCUUUUAGAUAUGCAUCAACUAAACCGAGUCUAAAGUAUUUAGCGAAGAAAUACCUGAACAGGGAUAUACAAGUUGGCAACCAUUGCUCGGUUGAGGACGCGCGCGCAGCCAUGGACCUUUACUUGCUGGUUGAAAAUGAAUGGGAGAAAGAAAUGGUGUUUUAAACCUACUUCGAGAAAACUUAGCAAAACCCUUACGUGGGGCGAAUUUUUUACUUUUACUAAUGCGAUUAUAUUUUAAUAACCUUUUUAUUCCUAUCAAGUUUUUUAUUCAAUCAAGCAGGAAAGAAUCCACAGUAUUUUUAUUUAUUUCGGGGGUAGGUCGAGGGUUAAAAAAAUCGUUAAGUAGAUUGUGGAUUUGGUCGUUUUGGUCCAAGUUAAUGCUAUAAGUUUUCUAUAACUUAAUCUGAUUAUUAUUUGUACGCAUUACCUUAAUCUGACGAUCACAAGUUCGACGCCCGAUUUUCACAUUGAAACUUUCAGAAAGAAAACGUAGGCACGAAUAAUUGUCAGAUUUAGUAAUAGCACAAUAGGACUAAUGACCAAAUCCAACCAACGGAUCAACAUAGACGGUACAACGGAUCAACUAAAAGUGGUUAAGGUAGACUGACUCCACAGUGUAGCAAAACAUAACUCGUCGCUUAAUCUCACGCUCUCGAGUAACUACAAAAAUCCCCUCUUGGGCUCCCCAACUAUAACCAUAUCAUGAAGUGUUCCAUUUUAAAAUAACAUUUUAUGAAAUCAAAUUCUUUGACCUAGCCACGACAUAGCGAAUAAACUAGAGCAAUUGCCCUCGUAGUUGCAUUCAAAAUUGUGUACCUUUUUUCGGAACUAGCGUUCUAAAACAUAGCAUAAUUUUUGAACUACUCUGCUUGAAUUUACGCUUUUUUUUUACAUGCUCUUUUAUACUGAACUUUCAUUUGGACUGCUUUUGUUUUUACAUCAAUAUAUGUUUUACGUGUUAGUGUAUAUAAGGCCCGAGUGGACGCUCGAAGCGGAGUGUUCGGCGGGGCGUGCAGCGUGGCGUCGGGCAAGUGACAUGAGCAGCGGGCACUAAGGCCGCUCCUAUACGUUUGCACUUGUUUAACAUGCACGCCGCACGCCCCGCCGCGCUACACGCCCAAUUCGAGCGUCCACUCAGGCCUUAUACAGUUAGUUAUAUUAUAAGUUAUCGGUACAUUAUUUUAACCCUUUAUGUAUACUAUAAAUAAAGUUAUAAUAUAUAA